AUGAGUGUCUCAAAGCAAUCGCUCCUUUUCUCGCCGCUCACUAUACGAGGCGUGACUCUAAAGAACCGAAUAGUUGUGUCUCCGAUGUGUCAAUACGUGUGUAAGGAUGGGAUCGUCAAUGACUGGCAUUUAGUUAAUUACGGGUCGUUCGCGACGGGAGGCGCCGGACUCGUUGUGGUCGAAGCGACGGGAGUGGAGCCGAGGGGCAGAAUAUCUCCCGGAUGUCCCGGCCUUUGGAACGACGAACAAAUCGAGCCGUGGAAGAGAGUCACGUCGUUUCUGAAGGCUCAGGGAUGUGUGGCCGGCAUUCAGAUCGCACACGCGGGCCGUAAGGCGAGUACAGUGGCGCCCUGGAGAGGCAAGGACUCCAUCGAUGACAAAGAUGGCGGUUGGCCUACAGUGGGUCCGAGCGCUAUAGCGUUUGGCGACGGAGUGACAAAAGUGCCCAAAGCGGCCACUAUUGAAGACAUUGAGGAAAUUAAGCGAUCAUUUGUAUCCGCCUGUGAAAGGGCUGUAAAAGCAGGCUUUGAGGUAAUUGAAUUCCACUUCGCACAUGGAUAUUUAGUGAGCACUUUCCUAUCGCCCGUCACUAACAAAAGGACCGAUAAAUAUGGCGGAAGUCUCGAGAAUAGGAUGCGAUUGGGUUUAGAGAUCGCCGAAAAUGUGAGAAAAGCUUUGCCGCAAAACAUCGUAAUCGGCGCCAGAGUUUCGGUCACUGAUUAUGCGGAGAACGGAUGGGAUAUCAGCCAAACCGUUGAAUUCGCUAAACAACUGAAAAAACUUGGACUCGAUUUUGUUGAUUGCAGUUCCGGUGGUAUUAUUUCAAACGUUGAUUACCACCCGUUGAACACAAAUGAAGUUCAAUUAAAGGGUGCGACAAAAGUGCAGAAAGAGGCCGGAAUAGCGACGGCAGCCGUCGGCAAAAUCACUGAUCCAUUGUUUGCGGAGAAAAUAUUACAGGAAAACGCGGCGACACUCAUAUUCAUAGGCCGUGCGUUCCUAAACAACCCUCACUGGCCUUAUUUGGCGGCCGAUGUGUUGGCCAACGACAAGACAUUCAAAUAUCCGAAUUCAUACGAAUGGUGUAUCGGUUGGAAAGGUUUUGCCAAAUGGAGGAAAGAUAUACUUAAAGAUUCAAAUAAUAAUUAA